CGAUAUUGUUAGAACAAUGGGGUGGUGAGUAGGGGGUGCGGGAACUCAAAAAGAUAACUACUAUAAUUUAUACAUUUUGUUUUUCUAACUUUUGCAGCACUCUACCCUCUGUUUGAUAGUGUGUUAGGACCAGCCCCACCACCUCCCAUCCUUAUAAAGGUCUUUGAUUAUAUUCUGAUACUGGCAGCUCUAAUCUCUACCUAUCUCACACUCUGUGUGAGGGUAAACAAAAGGAUAUCUCUACCAUUAAGCUCUCUGACCCUCUCAACACAAGGAAACAAAGAAAAAGCAACAAUAAGCAAAAGGGAAAAAGAGAUGGCAUCAGAGCACGGCAAAAAGCAUGUAACAAUGGCAGAGGUAGAGGAGGAGUUGAAAAGAAUGGCAGACAUAGGCUUCCCCCUAGUGGCCAUCGGCUUGGUGGGCUAUCUCAAAAACAUGAUUUCAGUCGUGUGCAUGGGAAGGCUAGGAAGCCUUGAGCUAGCUGGUGGUGCCCUAGCUAUCGGCUUCACCAAUAUCACUGGCUACUCAGUUCUAUCAGGUCUUGCUAUGGGUAUGGAGCCACUUUGUAGCCAGGGUUUUGGUUCUAGAAACACAACCUUAGUAUCACUCACUCUUCAAAGAACAAUUAUAUUGUUGCUAUUUGCGUCAUUACCAAUCGGGUUGUUAUGGUUUAACUUAGAGCUUCUCAUGCUUAUGCUCCAUCAAAACCCGGACAUAUCUCAUAUUGCUAGCGUGUACUGCCGCUAUGCCAUCCCAGACCUCAUUGCUAAUAGCCUUCUUCACCCACUACGUAUCUAUUUACGUAGUAAAGGGAAAACGUGGUCAUUGAUGUGGUGCACUUCACUCGCAAUACUUCUCCAUCUUCCUGUAACCAUUUUCUUGGCCUUCAUUCUUCGCCUUGGGGUCCCAGGGAUUGCAGUUUCAACCUUUGUCACCAACUUUAAUACGUUGUUCUUCCUUCUAGGCUACAUAAUCUACACUCAUACAACGAAGGAGCCUAUCUAUGAACCACUAAUACCACCAAUCAUGCCGCUUCCUUCUACGACUUCACUAGGAGAAGAGUGGGGAAUGCUACUUCGACUUUCUAUACCAAGUUGUCUAGCUGUUUGUUUGGAAUGGUGGUGGUAUGAGUUCAUGACACUUCUAGCAGGUUACCUUGACAAACCUCAGGUUGCACUUGCAACGUCGGCUAUAGUAAUACAAACCACUUCACUUAUGUAUACACUACCUUCUGCACUUAGUCAAUCGGUGUCAACCAGAGUAGGCAAUGAGCUUGGAGCAGGCCGGCCAGGUAAGGCAAGUUUGGCAACAAUGGUAGCUACAGGACUGGCCAUUUUAGCCUCUACGUUGGGUUUGUUAUGGACCACCUUAGGUCGAGAAGCAUGGGGUAGAUUUUUUACAAAGGAUAAUGAGGUUCUAGAGUUGACAAUGGCCGUGCUACCUAUAAUUGGGCUUUGCGAGCUUGCAAACUGUCCACAAACCACAUGUUGUGGGGUUCUCCGUGGAAGUGCAAAGCCAAGUGUCGGAGCAUGCAUAAACUUUUACUCAUUUUACUUGGUGGGUAUGCCAGUGGCCAUUGUUUUGGCCUUUGUCUGGAGACUUGGGUUUUUGGGACUUUGUUACGGGCUUUUAGCAGCUCAGGUGGCGUGUCUAAUUUCAAUGUUCACAGUGAUAUACAAAACGGACUGGGGAAAGGAAUCUUUAAAGGCUAAAGACUUAGUGGGAGGGUGCUGUACACUAACACAUUCUGAUCAGACAAGGAAAUUCGAGAAUGGAGUCGGAUCACUCAAGGAGGUAGCAUUUGGAAAGUGAAUGGAGUUUAAGGAAGUAACUUGCCCAAUAACACCACAUAAACAGGAUAGCUGCAGAAUCUCACAUUCAUGUUCCAAAUCGUGCUAUAUGUGUUUUGUAUCUUUUACUUCUUAUUUUUUUGAAAUUUUCAGUCCUUAUUCCAAAUGUUUUAAUCCAUGCAAAGUUUACUAGAGAAAUUUACCUCCAGCAAUAGAGAUGAGACAAAUUCACCAUA